CGGAGCAUGGCCCCGGGGCCACCUGCUGCCCGUGGGAUUCUGCUGCUGCUGCCGCUCCUGCCGUUGCCGCAGGUGGCGCUGGGCUCCGCGGACCGCAGCUGCGACCCUUCGGACCAGUGCCCUUCCCAGGCCCGCUGGAGCAGCCUGUGGCACGUGGGGCUCAUCCUGCUCGCUGUCCUCCUGCUGCUGCUGUGUGGAGUCACCGCUAGCUGCGUCCGGUUCUGCUGCCUCCGGAAGCAGGUGCACACACAGACACACCUGCCCCCAGCAUGGCAGCCCUGCGACCUCACGGUCAUCCCUGUGGACAGUGACAGCCCUGUGCACAGCACUGUGACCUCCUACAGCUCCGUGCAGUACCCACUGGGCAUGCAGCUGCCCCUGCCCUUUGGGGAGCUGGACCUUGACUCCAUGGUCCCUCCUGCCUAUAGCCUAUAUGCACCUGAGCUGCCACCCUCCUAUGAUGAGGCCAUCAAGAUGGCAAAACCCAGAGAAGAGGAGCUGGCCCCCUCCCAGAAACCCGGAACUCUUCCUGGGACCUCGGGCCUAGAGACCACUCCAGGGCCCCCGGAGCCAAGCCCCAAUGUUCAACAGCCCAGCAGUAGUCCCUGCCCCUUGAAGCAGGCAGAAGGGCCCUCCUAGAGCCACAGCACUUGGAGGCCUGACUCCGGGAGCCAAGGUCCCCCAGCCUGCCCCAUCCUGCUUUCCCCCGGGACGUCAGCCCUCCAGACUGCUGCUGCAGACCUGGCACGCCAGCCAGCCAGCCAGCCAGCCCUGUGUCAGCCACCCCCGAGGGCGGGCUGAUGCUCUCAGUUCGAGCCCCUGGCCAGGCCCCAUCAGGUCCUCAUCCUGGAGGAGGCCCUAGGGGCCCUCUGUGGUGUCCAUGGCUUUUUGGA